AGUUAACGAAUGGUUUCGAGUUGAGUUGCACGUAGUCUGCGCGAAUGUAACUUUUCCAAGUGUCACGUAAUAUUAUAUUUGGAUUUUCGUGUAUUGUAUGGAUUAAUAUAUUAAUAAAUAUUUAUGAUGACAAUUAUAAUUGGAGCACAAGAUAAAUUGUAAAUACAAUGAGUUUCAUCAACAAUGAAUCGAACGCCACUCUUAAUAUAUCGGAGACUGUAGACCCCACGCACAUUUUUGGACCGCAACGAGACUCCUUACUCAUAGUUAUUCCGAUAACAAUAAUAUACGCCCUUACUUUCGUCACAGGGUUGUUUGGAAAUAUAUGUACAUGUAUAGUUAUAACGCGUAACAAAAAUAUGCACACAGCAACAAACUAUUAUUUAUUUAGUUUAGCAAUAUCAGAUUUGCUUUAUUUAGUUAGUGGCAUGCCCCAAGAAAUGUAUUCAAUAUGGUACAAAUGGCCCUACGUGUUUGGGCAAACCUUCUGUCUGCUCAGAGGUUUAGCUGCCGAAACGUCAACGAAUGCUAGUAUUUUAACAAUAACUCUCUUCACAAUCGAAAGAUAUUUAGCGAUAUGCCACCCAUUCGUUUCACACAAAAUGUCGAAACUCUCACGAGCAAUAAAGCAUGUUAUCUUGUUGUGGAUCAUAUCGUUUGCGCUGGCGUUACCCCAGGCGCUUCAAUUUGGCAUAAAAAAUCAUAAAGGCGUUACUAUGUGCCUACAAACAAGGGUGAUUAUUAGACACUCCUUCGAACUGUCUACGAUAUUUUUAUUUAUUGCACCAAUGCUUGUUAUAACAGUCCUUUACUCGCUAAUUGGACUUCGAUUGAAUAAAUCUAAUUUUUCAAAAGGAGAAACGGAGAAGGAAAUGCAAAAAAACAAACGAGUUAUUCAGAAAAUCCACAGGAAAAAUAGUACACAGUCGACUAGGCGAGUUGUAAAGAUGUUGGUUGCCGUAGUGAUAGGUUUCUUUAUCUGUUGGGCGCCGUUCCACGCACAAAGGCUCGUCGCAAUCUACGGGACAGCCGAGAAUCACUUAGCAAAAUCGUCUCUGCUGCUGUCAGCGUAUCACUUCUUAACAUACACUUCUGGAGUCUUUUACUACGUGUCAACCUGCAUUAAUCCGAUAUUUUACCACAUAAUGAGCUACAAAUUCAGAGAAGCGUUUAAGGUAACUAUAGCCCAGUGUUGUUGUCGGGAGACAUCGAGAUCAAUAACAAAGCGUUGUUCAUAUACAGCUGUACCAUUCUCACGACAACCUACAUCAAACGGAACGAUGAACUCUGGUUCCUUAAAGCAGCAGCUGAGUAUAAAAGGACUGCAACCAGAAUAUACCUGUACCAAAGAAAACAUUCCAACCUCCCGAGUUUUCAAAGUUUGUGAGAAAUGUAAACGUACAUUCACUGUUCCCUCUCAGCUGGAGCUUAAAAGUUGUAGUCAUAAAGCCCAUAUUGAUACACAAUUCGCUGAUAGUACUUAAUAAAUAUUAAAUAAUAUAGGACUUCAUUAAAAUAAUGAGUGAACUCGAGAUUAGUUCGAAUUGCAGCUUUUUUAUGUGAUUUUAAUGCAUAGAAAAUGGAACACAAGUAGAAAUAGUAGUCGCCGUUUUAGGCCACUAAGAGAUCCAGAUCUCGUUAGCAGUUAUCUACUACUGGAUUGUUAAGCCUUCAACUAUAUUAUUAGGUCUGCCAUAAAUAAUAAAAAAAGUAAUUCAGUUUUGGAAGGGUCGGUACUGAUUUUGUAAUUCGUGCAAUAUUUCAAAGUUUAAGCAAUGCAUUAUUCUACAGAUCUUCCAAAAGUUACAUAAUAAACGUUAACGACUACAAAACACAUUUUAAUGAAUUAAUUUUUCUAUUUAUUAACUUUUUUUUUAAAUCAAAGAUUCCAAUACUGAGAUAGAUUUAUAAUUUGAUUAUAAAGAUAUUUUGCUUUUACAGUAUUUAAUAUGUUUAAGAGUAUAAUUUCAUCAAUUAUUAAACUCCAAUUUUUUUGAAUCUCGCACAUAAAAUAAAUAUCAUAAAACACAUCGAUUAUAAGCAAUAGAUUAAACAUCCCUAUUUAAAGUUUAACUGCGGCUUUGUUGAUCAUUAUGCACAUGGCAUUGAGAUAAUUUUUAAUGUAUUUAAUUGAAAUUUGAUUAAAAUGUCCCUUUGUGAACCUUUCUGGAUAGUUGCAGAGUUUUAGGUUCAUAUUUUAUAGCGAAUUAUUAGAACUGUUUUAAUUUCUAUCGACAUUUUACAUUUUAAAUGUUAUAUGACUCGACUUUGUUCCAUUUACGGGUCCACUUAGUUAUCGUUAGAUUAAACCAAAUAUAUUAUAGUUAAUUAUUAUUAUUAUAAUAAAUAAUGUUAAAUAAGUAUAUUGGGAAAACUGAAAUUUAAUGACUGUCAUUAAAAUAAUUUUAAAUUAAUUUAAUAUUCUAUGGAAGUAGUGCAAACGUCCCUUUAUCUGAUAAGCACGUACCUAAGUCAUUUAAUUUUGAUUUCUUAAUAAAUUUAUUACACACAAUUGUGUUAUUAAAAGCUGUUUUAAUCAUAUAUGUACUUUAGUGUAAUUUAAUUAAGAGUCUCAACUGUAAUAUGAAUAAAUUAGACGUUUAUGAAGUUUUUUUUUAAUGUAAUAAAUGGACAAAACAACUUCUGAAUCUUAACUAUUAUAUAUUGAACUUUUUGGAAAUCAAUGGUAAAAAGAGACUAUAUCAUUUAAAAAUGUUUAUUUCAUACGCAGACUACGCUUAUGUAAUUGUACGUAAAAUAUAAAUGUUUUAUAUAAGAUGAACGAGU